AUGGGGAGAGUGCUCAACCCUGAGUGUCAACCCAUGGCCCGUUUGAUUAUUCAGAUGCCAAGGAAAUGGCAAAAGGAAGGAAGGGUGAGGGGUAUUGCUCUGUCACAGGAACGCUUUCAGUUUAUCUUUAAGAAUGAACACGAUCUGAUGAACGUGUUAGAGAAGGGUGUUCAGACGUUCAAUGAGUGGGUGAUUGUGUUGGAGAGGUGGGUCGAGAAUCUGCCAGAGGACUACCUGCAAUUCAUCCCUCUAUGGGUUCAGAUGAGGAACAUACCCGUAAACUAUUACACAACGGUGGCGUUAGAAGCCCUGGGAGACAUUGUUGGGAAAGUUAAAGUGGUAGCUUUUGAUCCAACGAAGCCGAUAACUAAAGACUACAUCAGAGUUUUGGUGAGGUUCAAUGUAGCUAACCCCUUGAGAACGUCUAAGGUGAUAGACCUUGGUGGGGGGGAAGUCCAUGUCAAAGAGGCUGAGAAGGAUCCAGAGGUUCAGAGAACAUGCUUACGACUGGAAGAGGCACCAGAAAUAACCAAGGACCUUAACAGAGGCAAAGGAUUGGUCUUUGAUUACAGUCAGAAGGUAGAUGAUCAAAAGAAACAGCUAAGCAUCUUCAAACCAAAGAAGCUAAUGGCUGAUGCCUUCAAAUCAAACUCUACUCCAGUCCGAAGCUCGUUAGGAGGGGCAGAUGCGGAGAGCAGUGGAAACAAUGUAGUUGCUUUCUUUACAAACUAUUCAACAGUGUUUAAGCCAGGAACCUCAGGACCUGGUGUAUCCGGAAUAGUAAAGAAAAGAAACAACACCCGCAAAAGACCUUCAAAAUCAGCAAGGAAACCUAGAAAAGGAGGAGCCACCAACGAGGUUAUGGCAGCUUACACGGCUCAGAGAGAAGGAAAGCAAACUAUGGGAAACAAGAAGAGAAAGAAUGAAGACCAGGGAGAGGAAGGAAGGUCAAAAUCAAAGGAGAGCAGCCUUCAGGUGAUCCCAAGUGAGGGAUCGCCCAAUCCCCAAUGA